ACAUGAAUCCUAUGUUAGAAGAGGAUGAAGAGUACGAUUAUGACGAUAGAUAUAAUAGGCCAUUAUUAAGAAAACUCAGUGCGGAUAAAAAAAGAGAUAAAUCUACAGUGAUUGAUUUUUCGAAUAAUGAGCUAGAUGAUACUUCUAUUCAAAGGGUCUAUCUAGAAGAAGAGGAUCUUAAUCUUCUUUUAGUGGGCUACAAAUUUAACCGAUACCGUCUUUAUGCGUAUUAUAUUUUGUGCGGUUUGACUGGAGGAAUUUUUUAUCUCAUUUGUCGAUGGAUACCGAAAUUAUGGGUUUGGUCAGUGGGCAACGUUUGUGAGCUAGGAAAAGCAGAAUGGUUGGUUGUGAAGAAUCAAUGGGGAGAUACAUCAAUCGAAUAUGUAAUACGUAAAUAUUACGGUGGAACUAUAUCUUCAGUCUUCCCUGUUGAUCAUCCUGAAGACAAUAACGUUUCGAGGCUUGCCUCUUACCGAACAGAUGACAUUUUGCAUAAUUUACACUUUUUUGACCAUCGUUAUGUCCGAUUCAUUUACAACCCUAUAUUAGGAAAAUUCGUACAGAAUAAUUUUUGGAAAGAUCCUGCAUGGGUGUCCGUUAAAAUGCUAAAAAAGGGAAUUAAUCGUGAGACUCAUAAUGAACGCGAAAUUAUCUUUGGCCAGAAUUUGAUUGAUGUUCAAGAAAAGUCUACAGCCCAACUUUUAAUUGAAGAGGCCUUGCACCCGUUUUAUAUAUUUCAAAUCUUUUCAAUAGUGCUUUGGUGUCUUGACGAGUAUUACUACUAUGCUGCAUGGAGAUACGUCUCAUCAGAGGAUUUAGUGCCCGGAGACGUAUUUGAAAUAUCUGACAGAAAUUUACACAUUUUCCCGUGUGAUGCCGUUUUAUUGUCAGGUGAUUGCAUUGUAAAUGAAAGCAUGCUCACCGGAGAAUCUAUCCCUGUAUCUAAAUUGCCUAUCGAUGAUACAUCUUUGCAUAUAUUGGAUUUAACUACCACCAAUGUUCGACCGGAAGUGGCAAAACACUUUUUAUUUUCCGGAACGAAAAUUGUGCGAGUACGUAGAGCUAAGAAUGGCAUUACUUCAUCUAGUGCAGAUGCCGGCAACACAUCUGAUGAUGACGGAGCUUUAGCAAUGGUCGUACGCACAGGAUUUAAUACAACUAAAGGCUCCUUGGUUAGAUCGAUGCUGUUUCCAAAGCCACAUAAAUUUAAAUUUUAUCGUGACUCAUUCCGUUUCAUCGGUGUUUUGGCCAUAAUUGCUAUAAUUGGUUUUUUGAUUAGUACCUAUAAUUUCAUUAGAUUAGGGGUAAAUGCUGUUAUAAUACUUUUGCGUGCGUUAGAUUUAAUUACUAUUGUGGUUCCUCCUGCAUUACCCGCAACAAUGACUAUUGGCACAAACUUCGCUAUUGGAAGAUUAAAAAAAGCGGAAAUAUUUUGUAUUAGCCCAACAAGGGUUAAUGUUGGAGGAAAGCUGAAUGCAAUGUGUUUUGAUAAAACUGGCACGCUCACAGAGGAUGGUCUAGACGUUUUGGGAGUUCGUUUUAUCAAUCAGACAUCACACAGGUUCUCGGAGCUUCACACUACAGUCGACACACUUUCUAAAGGUGAUAGCGACAUAAAUGACUAUUCUAUUCCACCAAUUUUAUGCGCUAUGACUACAUGCCAUUCCCUUAAAUUAGUAAAUGGUGAACUAAUUGGCGAUCCACUUGAUUUAAAAAUGUUUGAUUUCACAAAAUGGAUACUUGAAGAAAGUGGGCAAGGAGUUUCAUCCGGAACAUUAGACUUAUCAGCUAGUUCAGCGUUCUCCGGGAGACCAAGUAGUCCAACAAAUGGAACUGGUGGCAUAGUACCGACAGUGGUUAGACCGCCUAAUAGCAGACAAUUUGAUUUGGCAGAAGUACUUAGUGCUGAUGGAAAAAACGGUGACGGGAAGUCCACACCAUUUAUAGAGCUCGGAAUAAUUAGAACCUUCGAAUUUGUUUCAUCGUUACGACGUAUGAGCGUGCUCGUAAAGCGCCUGCGAAAUCAAACAAUUGAAGUUUAUGUUAAAGGAGCACCAGAAGUAAUGCGCGAUAUUUGUAGAGCCGAAUCCUUUCCGGAGGACUAUGAUGAAUUAUUACAUUAUUACACUCAUAAUGGCUUUCGUGUAAUUGCAUGCGCUUCAAGGAGCUUUACUGAUCUCAGUUGGAUGAAGGCUCAGAAGAUCAAAAGAGAACAGGUAGAACAAGAUCUAGAGUUUAUAGGCUUUAUAAUAUUUGAGAAUAAAUUGAAGCCUGGUACAGCCUCAGUUGUUGAAACUCUCAAGAGAGCUAAAAUACGACAGAUAAUGUGUACUGGCGAUAAUGUUUUAACCGCAAUAAGUGUUUCCCGUGAAUGUGGAUUAGUUAAUAAGGCCUCAAAAGUUUAUGUACCGAGAUUCGCUCAAGGAUCGUCUCUAAGCUCGCGAGCAUCCAUUUUAUGGGAGAGUUUGGAUAACCCGAAAGAUUCAUUGGAUUCAACAACACUAAAGCAGAUUAUUUCUGUAUCACAUGAUUUUCCUAGCGAAUAUCCGUUUAUCGGUCCCUAUGAAUAUGACCUUGCAGUGACUGGUGAUGUUUUCCGUUGGAUUAUGGAUUAUGGAGAUGAAAUGACGCUAUUUCGGAUGCUUGUCAAAGGUCAAAUUUUUGCCCGUAUGUCGCCAGACGAGAAACACGAAUUAGUAGAAAAACUUCAAGAAAUUGGAUACUGUGUUGGUUUUUGUGGUGAUGGUGCCAAUGAUUGCGGUGCACUUAAAGCAGCUGAUGUUGGGCUGUCACUUUCUGAUGCUGAAGCUUCUGUUGCAGCUCCAUUUACGAGUCGCAAUAUGGAUAUCGGAUGUGUUAUCGAAGUUAUCAAUGGGUCGCACGGAACCAUUCCCACGCAUACACCCAAAACGCCCAACUGCAAGCCUGGUUUCCAAGAAGGUGCUAACGUCGGUGAUUGGACAGAUUAUAAUCCAAUCAGGAAUUCAAUUUUUAGUUCUCAUAAUUAUACACAAUCAAUCAUGAGUCUUCAAUCUAAUUGUUUCGAUGUAAUAGUUCCAUUUAUAAUCACAACGGCUUUUUUUACUCUCCUCACUGCAGUAAUCCUUAUAUCACCUUCAAGUGGUUUCAUAAACCUUCUAGAGCUUGAGACCAUUGAUUACACCUUUCGAUGGUAUCUAUUAGCUAUUGUAAUAGCCGACUUUUUUAUUUCAUUAUUUAUGGAGAAAUACGCUUUCGAUGUCAUUUCGCGAUGGAUAGGUACUGGUAGUGCCAGGUCUGACAAAAAAAUGUUUAAAAAAAUAUUAGCCGAAAUGGACACUAAAGAGCUGUAA